UUGAAAAUAAAUUGGCCCUCUUCGUGUUAAAAUUUUUUGGAGAAAUCUGAGACCACAGAUGGCACAUGAAUAGUCUUACUCUUCAUCAAGCUUUCAGUCUUCUUUUUAGACUUCUUCCUUUUCUUUAAACAGCAUCUGACACAACUCUUGAUUUUUACACUAAGGUUAUAUUUGUGAAUGUGAGGUUCGACUUUUAUACUACUCUUUUGAUUCACAAGUGCUCAUUUGGUACAGAAGUUCCAUGGUUUCCUCCUUCAUAUCUGCUUUUUGCUCAAUUUUAGCUCUUGAUAAAUCCUCCUGAACAACUGCCGAUGUUUUAAAAUCUGCUUGUUUUCCUCUAACUUCUUUUGGAGCUGAGCAAGUUUGUGAGUUUUGGUGUGAAUAAAAUUUUGUUUAUGGAUAAAAUUCUUUUCCAAUUUCUUUAGAUCCUCUCUUAAAGCCUUAUUCCUCUUAUUUGAUAUGAUAGUUCUGUAAUGUAAGAGAUGUUUGAGUAUCGACAGCAACUUUACGAUCCUCCUCUAGCAUCUUGUUCUGCUUUCUCCAGAAUCCAUGAAGGUAGAUAUCUUGAAGCUGGAAGUCCCCUCAAUCUGAUAAUUCUGAAUUUUGCAUCUCGGGAGUUGUGUAGCUGCUUUGAAGCUCUUUGAUAUGAUUCAUAAUAUUUCUCAGAUGAACAUUUGGCAUUUUAUUUCCACAAAAGUUUGGAAGUAUCAUGAGGAUCUCCAAGUCCUCUUUUAUUUUAAACCAUCAAAAGAUUCAGAUGAUAGAGAUCUUCCUGUAGGCAAAACUACUGGGUCUUUUAAAAUUGAAUGUGUAACAUCAUCUCUAAGUAUAACACCGGAUUUGCUUAAGAAAGACAGUAUAUUCUGCCUAUGUUCUUUCAAGGUUUCUUGUUCAUUAUUCUCCAAUUUGGUAAUAUAUUGCUCAUUCCUUCCUUUUUGCAGACUAACUUCUUUCAAAAGGCUAUCAUUACUAAGCUCCAAAGACUUAAUCUGAUCCUUCAGGUCUUCCACUUCCUUCUGUAGGACAGUAUUUGCGCUUUUAGUCCUUCUUUGAUACCUGUUAUUUUCUUUUAUGAAGUACGAGCCCUUACUUUUUAACCUUCUUAUCAGUUAGUCUAUUAGUGUUACUAAAAGAAAACCCUUUUCUCUUGUGAAGUACAGGGUAUCUUUUAUUGGAUGAGUAGCUGCUGAACACACCCCAAAUCCUUUUAUGGUGAUUAGUCCUUCUAC